UUGCAGGUGAAUAGCUUUGACAUAAGCAACGUGUCUCACAACCAUGCUCGAGCUGUGCUUUCCCAGCCUUGCUCAGUGCUGCACCUCACAGUGCUGAGAGAGAGACGUUUCGGCAGCCGCACACACAACCACGUGGACGCCAGCAACUCCCUGCGGGAAGACAGCUUUCAAGUGACGCUACACAAACGCGACUCCAGCGAGCAGCUUGGCAUCAAACUCGUACGCAGAACAGAUGAGCCAGGAGUUUUCAUUCUCGACCUUUUGGAAGGGGGGUUGGCUGCUCAGGACGGCCGGCUCUGCAGCAAUGACCGUGUGCUUGCCAUCAAUGGACAUGACUUGAAGCAUGGGACACCCGAGCUCGCUGCUCAGGUUAUUCAGGCUAGUGGGGAGAGAGUGAAUUUGAUAAUCUCUAGACCCCUGAAGGCACAGACGGUCAGUAUUAUCCGAGACACCGGGACUCACAACAGCAACCCACACCAACACCAGUCCCAGCAGCUGUUUCACAGCAGACCCAACUCACAUAAGGAUCUCUCCCAGUGUGUUACAUGCCAAGAAAAGCACAUUACUGUGAAAAAAGAGCCACAUGAAUCUCUGGGAAUGACAGUGGCAGGAGGCAGAGGUAGCAAAAGUGGCGAACUGCCCAUCUUCGUGACGAGCGUGCAGCCUCACGGGUGCUUGGCAAGAGACGGCAGGAUUAAACGAGGUGAUGUCCUGCUGAACAUCAACGGCAUCGACUUGACCAACCUCAGUCACAGCGAGGCGGUGGCCAUGCUGAAAGCCAGUGCUGCCUCUUCAGUGGUUGCCCUGAAAGCCCUGGAGGUCCAGAUUGUAGAAGAACAGUCCCAGGCUAAUGAAGAACAACUGAGUACCAUCAGUGAAAAUGAAUAUGAUGCCAGUUGGUCACCAUCAUGGGUCAUGUGGCUGGGACUCCCAAGCUGCCUACAUAGCUGCCAUGACGUAGUCCUGCGGCGGAGCAAUUUGGGGAGCUGGGGUUUCAGCAUUGUGGGUGGCUAUGAGGAGAACCACACGAACCAGCCUUUCUUCAUUAAAACGAUUGUUCUUGGAACUCCUGCCUACUUUGAUGGAAGAUUAAAGUGUGGUGACAUGAUUGUUGCUGUAAAUGGACUAUCCACGGUUGGAAUGAGCCAUUCUGCACUCGUUCCCAUGCUGAAGGAGCAGAGGAACAAAGUAACUUUAACCGUGAUUUGCUGGCCUGGAAGCCUCAUAUAGAUUUGGGAAUCCCUUUGGUUCAAGCAGCUUCUUUUUCUAGAUAGCUGGCACAAAAUCCUCUUCUAUCUUUUUUUCCCUAUUGAUACAGCUGGUUAUAAGCAGGGCCAAAGCUGCUGUAUUUUCUUUUUUUUACGGGUCUCUCAGACUCACUCUAUGUAUCUUUCCAUCCUGAAAUAGCCAUUUCUGUUUGCUGUAUCCAUUGCUGACGCAAAUGCAAAUGUACACGAGCUUACA